AUGGACAGACGUAUUAUCAUUCAUCGUUUAAUUUUCAUUCAAUUUAUUUUGAUCAUUUUUCUAUGUGUCUACGUUAAAACAGAAAAUUAUCAAAACGAAUGGGUUUUACGAAUCAAUGGUGGUUCACAUGUUGCAUAUUUAUUGGCAAAACGUUUUGGUUAUACUUAUUUUGGUCCGGUUCGUGGUUUUGAAGAUACUUAUAUAUGGAUAAAGGAUAAUAAAUUAGGACAAAAGAAAAGAGGUUAUGUUUCGUCAAGGAUGAAUUUUAAUUCGAGUUCCAGGAUAAGUUGGGUUGAACAGCAGAAAAUUGUACAUCGAGAAAAACGCGAUUACGUGUUAGAAUCGAUCAUUGAUUCAGAAAAACCUUUGAUACGUGAAAAACGUUUCCCAUGGAAUUUAUAUGGAAUAACAUCGAAUAUUAUUGAUAACCGUAAUAAGAACAAAACUUUAUUUAAUGACGAACUUUGGGACUUAGAAUGGUAUUUGCAAGAUACCAGAUCGAGUAAACAAUUUCCAAAAUUAGAUUUAAACGUAUUACCAGUUUAUGAAUUAGGUAUUACCGGACGUGGAAUAAGAAUUGCAGUAUUAGAUGAUGGUUUGGAAUACGAUCAUGAUGAUCUACGUAAUAAUUAUGAUCCAAAUAUAAGUUACAAUGUAAACGAAGGUACAACCAAUCCAAUGCCACGAUACGAAUCAACUGGAAUGAAUGCACAUGGAACAAGAUGUGCAGGUGAAAUAGCAAUGGAAGCAAAUAAUGGAAAAUGUGGUGUUGGUGUUGCUUUCGAAGCAUCCAUCGGUGGUAUUAAAUUACUUGAUGGUCUUGUGAACGAUCGUGUCGAGGGUGAAGCACUUGGAUUCAAACCAGAAAUCGUUGAUAUUUAUACAGCUUCUUGGGGACCACCGGAUGAUGGUAAAAGUUUGGAAGCACCUGGUAGACUUGCUUCUGAAGCUAUUUAUCGUGGUAUCAAUAAGGGAAGAAAUGGUAAAGGUAGUAUAUACGUAUGGGCAUCUGGUAAUGGUGGUUCAAAAUAUGAUAAUUGUGGAUGUGAUGGUUAUGUUGGUAGUAUAUAUACAAUUGCAAUUGGAUCAGCAAGUCAAACUGGUAAAUCUCCUUGGUACAGUGAGAAGUGUCCUGCAAUAUUGGCAACCACUUAUAGCAGUGGAGAAUAUCAAGAUCAAAUGAUUGCAACAACUGAUCUACGAAACACCUGUACAACUAAACACACCGGUACUUCUGCUUCUGCACCCUUGGCAGCUGGUAUAUUAGCCCUUGUUCUUCAAACAAAUCAAAAUUUGACAUGGAGGGAUAUUCAACAUUUGAUCGUUUGGACAUCCGAGUAUACUCCAUUAAAAGAUAAUUCUGGAUGGUUAAAGAAUGGUGCAGGAUUUUGGUACAAUUUACAUUUUGGUUUUGGUCUUAUGAACGCAUAUACACUUGUCAAUUUAUCAAAUAAUUGGAUUAACGUUCCUCAGAAGGAGUUAUGCGAAAUUCCCAUGGAAUUCGUAUUGAAUAGGAAAUUAAUUCAUGGAAUAAUUAAAACAAUAAGUUUUGAGGUUAACGAUCAUUGUUUCAAUGGCGUAAAUGAGAUCAAUUUUUUGGAACACGUUGAAAUUGAGGUUAAUUUGGAAUAUACUCGUCGUGGGGUUUUGGAAAUGUAUUUGGUUGCACCAUCAGGUACGAAGGUACAAUUAUUGAGUCCGAGAAAAUUGGACGAUUCAUCCGAAGGUUUUAACAAAUGGAAAUUCAUGUCCGUGGCUUCCUGGGGCGAAGAUCCUCAUGGUAUUUGGUUCCUACACAUAUUUGACAAGAUUGGUUCAAAAAAAUACAACGGUACGAUUGGUAAAUUCAAAUUAAUAUUACACGGUACAAAAUUUCUACCGUAUUACAGAAAAUAUGGUUCAAGAAUUUACAGUAAUGAAUAAUUCAACUAACGAAGGAAUCA